UAUAUUUAUUUAUGGCCAUUACAGAACAAAGGAUCUUGUCUUCUUCAUUACCCAAAAAGAAACAGUAGCUUUCUGUCUCAGAUUCCUCCUCCAUUGACAAAAGAAAAAAAAAACAGGACUUGAGGGAAAAGUUUGCUGUUUCUAGGGUUUCUUUAUUCCAUUCUAUCUUCUUGAUUGGGAAAAUGAAACUCUUCUCCUCUCCAUUUUUCUUCUGAUUUCGCUUUAAGUCCUGAUUCCUUUCACCAUCGUGGAACUUUAUCAGAUUCUUGAAGACCCUUUUGAAUAUUCUUGAUACCCAUUUGAUCAAAAUCACAUCUUUUUGUUUCCGGCAUUACACGAUGCGGAUGCUUGUGAGUCUUCUUGUCUUGUCCUUGUCCUCUCUCGCGCUUUCAAACGAAAACGCCACCUCGUACGUCCUUCCGCGACCGUUGAUCUUCGAGACCCAGGAGCUCAAGAGCGCCGUCGACGACGAUAACGUCAAUGUGAAUUGCACGAGCUGGAGAUUCGCGGCGGAGACGAACAAUCUCGCGCCGUGGAAGACGAUUCCGGCGGAAUGCGCCGGUUACGUGAAAGAUUACCUGAUGGGUAGAGGCUACGUCGUCGAUUUGGAGAGGGUCUCGGAAGAGGCUAACGUGUACGCGAGCAGCUUUGGGUUUAGCGGUGACGAUGGGAAGGAUACUUGGAUCUUCGAUAUUGACGAGACUCUCUUGUCGAAUCUUCCUUAUUAUUUGGAACACGGUUGUGGGUUGGAAGUUUUUGAUCAUACGAAGUUUGAUAAGUGGGUGGAGAAAGGAGCUGCACCUGCAAUAGCACCAAGCUUGAAGCUUUAUGAGAAGGUUAAAGAUUUGGGGUACAAAGUCAUCCUGCUUACAGGGCGAAGAGAGAACCACAGGGUUAUCACUAUCGAGAACCUGAUCAAUGCCGGUUUCAAUAAUUGGGACGAGCUUAUUCUGAGGUCGUUGGAUGAUGACCACAAAACGGCGACCAUAUUCAAGUCAGAGAAGAGGGAUGAGAUGGUGAAAGAAGGGUAUAGGAUCAGAGGCAAUUCAGGUGAUCAAUGGAGUGAUUUGUUGGGUUCUGCCAUGUCUCAACGCUCUUUCAAACUCCCAAAUCCCAUGUAUUACAUCCCAUGAAGUGGGGGAAAACAAACUCUUAUUCGAUAAGGCAAUUCAGGUGGCCUACUGUUUUUGAAGUUUGGGUUGCCAUUGUAAUUCCUUGCUAUAUAUACAUAUGUACCAAUGACUGCAUCAGUUAUAUCUAUGUUAAGAGCUUAAUGCCAACAAAAAUAUAGACACGAUAUGUUCAAUCCAACCACCAUAUUAGAGAUC